UGCAUGCUGGGAAAGUGACGGCUAUUUUAUUUACCAGCUUCUUGCUAGCUGUUUUAUUUUAUGGCAGCCAUAAAGUGGCGCUUUAAAUUAUUAUUGCGUAUUUAAUAAUGAUUAAACAGGUAUAAGUGAACAGAUAUACAACAAUUAUUUAAUAAUAAAGAAUGGCAGAGGCAGAAGUGAUCAGCAAUGCCACCUCCACAGAGGAAAUGAAUGGGGCUGGGAACCUGAUGGACUUCCUAGACGAGCCCAUUCCUGAUGUGGGCACAUAUGAGGAUUUCCACACCAUCGACUGGCUCAGGGAGAAAUCCAGAGACACCGACCGCCACAGGAAGAUUCGUAACAAGAGGAAGGAGUCUAUCUGGGAGUUUGUAAAGAGCCUACUGGAUGCCUGGUCGGGAUGGGUGGUCAUGCUGCUUAUCGGACUAUUGUCAGGCACAUUGGCUGGCGUGAUAGACCUGGCUGUGGACUGGAUGACGGACCUGAAGGAGGGAGUUUGUCUGUCUGCAUUCUGGUACAGCCAUGAGCAGUGCUGCUGGACAUCUAACGAGACUACUUUUGCCGACAGGGACAAAUGUCCUCAGUGGCAGAAAUGGGCUGAGUUGAUGACGGGACACACUGAGGGUGCUGGAGCGUAUGUGUUAAAUUACUUCCUGUACGUGCUAUGGGCGCUGUUCUUCUCCUUCCUGGCAGUGUCUCUGGUUCGAGUGUUUGCUCCCUAUGCCUGUGGAUCAGGAAUACCAGAGAUUAAGACAAUCCUGAGUGGGUUUAUAAUCCGAGGUUACCUGGGGAAGUGGACCCUGCUGAUUAAGACGGUCACUCUGGUGCUGGCCGUGUCGUCCGGUCUCAGUCUGGGAAAGGAAGGGCCACUGGUGCAUGUGGCCUGCUGCUGUGGAAACCUCUUCUGUAGCCUUUUCUCUAAAUACAGCAGGAAUGAAGGCAAACGUAGAGAGGUUUUAUCGGCUGCUGCGGCUGCUGGAGUGUCUGUGGCGUUUGGUGCUCCGAUAGGUGGAGUACUUUUCAGCUUAGAGGAGGUGAGUUAUUACUUCCCUCUAAAGACUCUGUGGCGUUCGUUCUUCGCUGCGCUGGUUGCCGCCUUCACACUGCGCUCUAUCAACCCAUUCGGCAACAACCGCCUGGUGCUUUUCUAUGUGGAAUAUCACACGCCGUGGUACAUGGCCGAACUAGUUCCCUUCAUCCUGCUUGGGGUAUUCGGGGGCCUCUGGGGCACCCUGUUUAUCCGAGGCAACAUUGCUUGGUGUCGCCGCAGGAAGACCACUCGCCUAGGCAAGUACCCUGUUCUGGAGGUAAUCGUGGUGACGGGCAUCACAGCCAUCUUGGCUUUCCCCAACCCGUACACACGCCGCAGCACCAGCGAGCUCAUCUCAGAGUUAUUUAAUGACUGUGGUGCUCUCGAGUCCUCCCAACUCUGCGAUUACAUCAAUAACCCCAAUAUGAGCCGUCCAGAGGAUGAUAUACCAGACAGACCAGCCGGGCCAGGGGUCUACAGCGCCCUCUGGCAGUUGGCACUCGCACUGAUCUUUAAGAUAGUCAUCACCAUCUUUACUUUUGGCAUGAAGAUCCCAUCAGGGUUGUUCAUCCCCAGUAUGGCGGUUGGAGCCAUUGCUGGACGGAUAGUGGGCAUUGCCGUGGAGCAGAUGGCCUACCACCACCACGACUGGAUCAUCUUUAAGAACUGGUGUCGUCCUGGUGCAGACUGUGUAACCCCAGGCCUCUACGCCAUGGUAGGGGCCGCAGCGUGUCUCGGUGGAGUCACUCGGAUGACUGUAUCUCUGGUGGUCAUCAUGUUUGAGCUGACUGGUGGGUUAGAAUACAUUGUGCCGCUAAUGGCCGCCGCUGUUACAAGUAAGUGGGUGGCGGAUGCAUUCAGUAAAGAGGGAAUUUAUGAGGCACACAUCCGUCUGAACGGUUACCCAUACCUGGACCAGGACGAGUUCACUCACCGCACGCUAGCCACUGAUGUGAUGCGACCACGCAGGAACGAGCCGCCACUCUCCGUCCUCACACAGGACUCCACCACCGUGGAGGACGUAGAGAUGCUUAUCAAAGAGACGGACUACAACGGCUUCCCCGUGGUCGUCUCACGCGAGUCCGAGAGACUCAUCGGUUUUGUUCAGCGCAGGGAUCUGACCCUAGCUAUCAAGACUGCACGUCAGAAGCAGGAUGGUGUGGUGAGUAACUCAGUGGUGUACUUCACGGAGGAUGCACCCCAGCUGCCAGCAUCAAACCCUCAGCCCCUGAAGCUGAGGCGCAUCCUCAACCUCAGUCCCUUUACCGUCACUGACCACACACCCAUGGAGACCGUGGUGGACAUCUUUCGCAAGCUCGGCCUUCGCCAGUGCCUUGUCACUCGCAGUGGACGGUUACUUGGCAUCAUCACUAAGAAAGACGUGCUACGACACAUGGCCCAAAUGAUGAACCAGGACCCUGAGUCGAUCAUGUUCAACUAAAAUCUCCAUCUCUGACCUUUCACCUUGUCACUCCAGUGACCUCAUGAACCUUACAGACUGUAAAUAGUGCAAGACUACUGUAACUGCAAGUAUUUACUCAUGUAGAAGUGUAAUACCAAACCCUUAUGUGUUUUGGGCCAAAAAAAAGAUCAGAAUCUGAAAUGAGGCGCUUGGAUGCUGUGCAUGGCAACGUUUAGAGGCAAUCAGGUACCAUGAGAUACAGUCACAUAUGUUCUUAAGGAAGGAACUCCCUCUUUAUAGUAUUCGAUGCUUGUUGUAUGAACCCCAGCCUGUUUGUAAAUGACAGUGGGUCUUCUGUAAAAUAUUCAAAGAUAAUAAGAUAUGACGUCAGAAGACAGUAAUAUGUUUCCAGCUGCCCUGGUUAGGACUCCUUUGUUGUUAAAAGGUCAGUGGAUUUGUAACAAUCUUUACAUUGUCUCACAAGGUUGCUGUGCAUCAGGUGCAAACAAGGUCAAGUGUUUUAAGCCACUGUAACUUGUGUUGAUCUAACUGCUGCUGCCAUCCUCCUUUUUUUGUUAACUUAAAUCAUUAGACUUUGCUGUUGUAAUUUAUAAAAUAUUCCCUAUUGUAAGGGACGUGACAAAUUGAAAACAAAACUCUUACGGGUCCAUAAAAAGUCCUUUUACUCUGUUAUACUCACAAAACAAAUCAAUGCACAUUGAAGGUACUCUAUUUUAUGCAGGUUUUGAUUACAAAAUGAAGCAUAUGCUACUGAGUAUAUAAUGAGCUCUUACAUUUUAGGUAUUCGGGAAAGCAUCUGCAUUUUUGCACCACAGGGCAGAAUAGUUUGUCAGGAGUGUUGAUGUGGCAACAGACCUGCCUUAAAUAUCAGGAUUAUGGUAGUACCACAUUUAGCUCAUAUUUAUUAUGUUAAUGUAAAUAUUUAUUUAGAUCUGAUACAAAAAGUCAGAUGUUGUGUUACAUUUUUUUGUGAUUGUGGUAAGUUUGUGUAUUAUAUGUGCACUUUCUGCAUUUGCUCAGUACUAAAAUGGCAGAGCUGUAUUAAAUGGUAUGAAGCUAAUUGUUUUAAUUGCCAGCUAUAUGCAAAAAACCUAUAAUGAAUUAAUAAUUGAAAAAAAGGAAAAGGGAAUCUGCUCAUUUUCAACUUAAAUAUAUUAAAAACAAUUAUUAAAUCAUUU